AUGGGUUCACAGACACUGAAAAUCCUGCGCCAGGGGGUGCUGGCCAGCCUAACCGGCGGCUGGUACUACGACGUGCAUCAGAAUGUCUUCUGCAAUGCCGUACAUCUGUACAUCUGGCUGUUUCUGUUAUUUCUUCCGUUCAUCAUCUACAUGUACUUCCCUACCACUGUGGCCGUGUGGAGCAUUUACUGCGUGCUGAUCGCCAUCAUCAUAACGUUCUUCAAGAUGGUGAAUGUGGCGUUGCAUCGAAUGUACGACCGGGCACGUACCCUGUCCGAGACGAACCUAAAAAAACCGGGCAGUGCCGGUUCUAAGGCACCCCGUGAGGCAGGUGCCGGCAUUGGUGGCUCGGGGGACGACGAACCCGGCAUCGAGAUGCAAAUCCUUGGCACGGUGGAGGUGGUCGGUGGAACGCCCCCGGUGAACGUGUCCUCACGCACCUCGGUCGAACAUCACAGCGAUGAGAACAGCUACGCCAACAGUGCAAUCUCGAUCGAUUACCAGGAGCAGGUGACGAGUACGAUCGAUCUGAAGGUGGACGUGCACCGCAAGAAUAGCUCCGAGUCGAGUGACAGCGGGUUGAGUGGUGCUGCAGCGCGUCCGGUUGGGAGCAGUUCCGGUACGGGGACAGCAGCACCUGGCGGAAGCAAUGGAGGAGCCAGUGACAUUAGUACCGUCGUUGCAUCGGCCGCUUGCAGUGAUGCUUGCUUCCGGAGCGAUCGAGUGGCGGAAGCAAACAAUGAGACACCUUUUGGAGUACCGAUCGUACGCUUUGGGGGUUCGGUACCGACGCACACGGGCGAGGGUUGUAGUAGCGGGACGCACAAGCGGUCACUUUCCACACCCAACCAGGACCGCUUUUCGGAGAUGGUGUUCGAGACGGUGAUGCGCGAAAUGACGCGCGAGUAUGGCGAUCUGCCGCUCGCGGGGACUGUCGGUGGAGCGAGGGGCGAUGCCGGAAUCCCCUCGCGGAUGCUGGAAGCACAAUCGAACGCAUCGCUCCGGCGGCAUCAGUACAAAUCGAAGCGAAAGCAGCGCUUUAUGAACAGCCAGUUACAGCGGCAAAUAUCGCUCGAUUCGGAGAAGCUGAGUGGCAGCAAUGUGUUUGCGGAUGAGCUAAAUUUGGGCGGUCAAAUCGGUGGUGAGGUGACGGAAGGUACGCGCAAUCGACGCCGGCCGGGAGUUGGCCCGGCUACGGAAGGACUCGAGGGUGCAGUGCAGCUGCAGCGGCACCUUAGCUCAGAUGACCAGAAUAACAAAUCGGCUGGGUCGCUGUUCCACCAUCAGCUGCAUCAUCAUCAUCAUCACCACCAUCAUCACAUGCUGGCGAUGCAGAACCGUGAUCCGGACAUGUACAUGGACCACAGCUACACGAAAUCGGCCGUCCAGCUUGCGAUAGCGGACACGGGUAGUGGAAACGACUCCGCGGGCAAAAUCACCUACCAUCUGCACCAAGCUACACCCAUUCGACGGGAUUCCAGCAGUACGAUGUCCGCGCUGCAGCUGCCAACGAUGGCUAGUAGCAGCAGUGGGGCGGUGGGUGGUAAUCAUACGAGUGGAGUCGUAGGGGAGAGCGUCGGGGGAACGAGGACAGGAAUGGGACGAAGUAUCGGUAGCGCAGGGGGUAGUAAUAAUGCGUCCGGAAAGCGACGCCGGCAUUCGAAUGCCACUAACGGUGGAAGUGGAACGGCCACAGGACGACCGCUUCCUCGAUCGCUAACGUCGGUGAGGCGGAUAAAGAGUGCCGCGUUGGAGACGUGCAGUCCAGCUUCGAUCCCGAACCUCACACCAACACACCCGAACAGCGUGGAGGUGAUCGGAGGCCAGACGCUGCGUAACCCGCGCCACACGGUGCUACCCCCGCCCAGCAAGUGCUUAUCACGAAAUCCGUACCUGAACUUGUUUACGAAAUCGAACGAUGGCAGCACCGGAACCGGUCUGGUGGAUGUGUGCGGUGGCGGUGGUGGAACCAGUUUCGGUGGCGCAACUGAAGAAGGAGUGGUGGAUGAGCUGACGCUACCCGGAACGACGGGAGCCGGUGGGAGUGAACCCGUGUACCCGAUUGCGGAACAAUCGGAUGAGAGCACUCCGGUCAAGGGAAAUGGAGGUGCCGCUGGUGGGCGUGUGUACGAGAACUCUCCACCGGUGCAGCGGUUUGAUUUGCAUUCCGAUUCCGACCAGGAUGGUGGCCUAGUGGACGACGAGGACGAUGAUGAGGACGAUGAGGACGAGGAUGAAGAUGACGAGGUGGUGGACGAAGAUGAUGAUGGCGAAGAGGCAGGGGACGAUGGCGAGCUGGACGACGAUCGUUCCAGUCUGACUGUUGAGGAUGUAGCACCAGCGAGUGACGCGUAUUAUGCCAACAAAGACCUGAAAAAGGACGACCGAACGAUAGGCGAUAGUGAGGAGGAUCUGACGCUUCACGAUCGGAUUCGCCGGUUGCAUCAUCAGCAGCAGGCGGAACAGAAACGGAGAGUUUCGGAAGCGGACGGUGUGCCGGGUGACGAUCGCAUCGAGUCGGAUGUGGAGCACCAGGAUUGUGGGUUGCAGUCGACGGAUUCGGACACGGAAACGAAUGCCGGAUCGAGAUCGCCCUUACUGGAACCACGCGCUCAUCGUACUAACUCCGAGCAGCAGGUUGGCACGGUCGGGAUGUCGGCGAUCGUGGAAGCGCGUAAUGCAGCCUGCUGCACCAUAGUGCCUCAGAAGAUGAUCGGUAGCGAGGUGAAGAAAACGUCCUCUAGCCCGACGAUCAGCUGCAGCGAGACGGCGCAUCUUCAUCAACACCAUCAUUUGCUUCGAUCGCCGAUGAAAGCGUUCGACGAGACCGGUUGCCAUUCGUCAAGCGACUGGGAGCAGGCGAGCGCUAGCUCAAAGGAUCUGCUCAUCACCAAGGAUAGCAAAGUGCCAAAGAGUGGAACCGACGGGAGCGGAUCUCCACCGAAGACGGUCGCUGCCAGUGAAUCCGAUCCGCAGAUUCCCGGCUGCAGCAAAACGAGGACGCACGAUGAGCCGAGCGCGGCGGGUGUGUCUGAGGAAGAGGCAGCCGGUUCCCUUUCGGUGACGCAAUUGCAGCAACCCCCGCAGCGGAAUCUUGGCGCGAUACCAAAAACUUCACCUCCCGGACGGAGUGCUAGUGCACGCCGGUUAAGCGUGGAGGAAAACUAUCCCACCACGAGCAGCAAGAUCUACAACCGAUCGCUUUCCCAGCGGUUGUUGGCCGAGCGAAUACCGGAAAACUCGACGGCCGCACCGUUGAUCACGUUUCUCAACUAUCGCUCGGACGUGCCGAUUCCGCCGAUCUAUUUGCCUGGUAACCGAACGCUUUCCGAGCAGCAAACGGCCAGUUUAACGUUUCGUCGGCCGGCGCCCUUACCAGCACGCCCUUAUCGUCAGCUAAACUGUCGCCUACGGAUGCUUAAAUCAACCGACGGUGGAACGACGAAUGACGGUGGUACUGCGUCGUUGUCGCAUGCCGGUGCGGCGACUUCCGCCGGAACUGCCGGAGGUGACUACUGGAGGGAUGACGACAAUAACAACUGCAACUAUUGCCUGGAUGCGCUCGAACACCAGCAAGCUCGGUUGCAGUCCCUAGCGGCGGCAGCGGCAGCAGCCGGAAGCAACGGAAAUGCCAUCGGCGGGGCCACCGGAAACGGAUCGAGUGGAGCUCGGGGUGGCAUCUGCAACGAUGCACUGAUGCCGGGAACCGUCGGGGAGGUGCCUUUGAAUUUCUACGUCACGGAUGAUUCCGACCGCUGGCUGCGUUGUGCCGCGAAUGUGAUAAAGGAGCGUUUUGGUGCGCUGAACCACAUGCAUGCUCAUUACCACAUGCAUCAUCAUCAUCUGCAUCGUCGUACGAUCAGCAUCAGUGGUCCUUCGACGAGCGGUGCUGGUGUAUCGGGUGUGGCGAUUGGCGGUAUGCCUGGCAGCAGUAGCGGUGGUGUUGGUGGAUUAACAUCAGGUGGUCCAACGGCAGGGACCAUCUCUUCCACGGGAGAUGACUUUAACACGGCUUCAAUCAACUCGGGCAGUGGCAUCGUGGAUAAAACGAUCGUCGCCUCCACUGAAUGCAGUCUGUCGAGGGCCCACAGCACCAUCGACGUGGUGCCACACUCCAUGUUCGGUGAGGGUGGCCCAAAGCUGCGGCCAAAGCGGUACUACAAGUUUUCGCUGAACUUCCUGUGCUUUCGGGAGCAUCUGAACAUAUCGAUGAACCGGUUGCAGCUGUUGGCGUUGUUCGAUCGCGAUACAAGCUGGGUGCAGGUGGUUCUAGCGAUCGCCCUUUGCACGCUCGUGUCCCUGCUGGGUUCACUGGUGCUGUACCUGAAGUUCUACGAGGAUCUGUACGCGUUCAUAUUCUGCUUCGUGAUUGCCGGCAGUCAGUACUCGUUGCUGAAGAGCGUGCAGCCGGAUGCGGCCUCUCCGAUACACGGGUUCAACAAAACCGUCACCUAUUCGCGCCCGAUCUACUUCUGUUUGUGCUGUGGAUUGCUGCUGGGCGUACAUCAGCUACUGCAGGAGUACGAGCUGGUGCUUGACCGCGAAAGCACUUCGAUCGUGCUGUUUGGUUUUCCGAUCUCGGUGGUAGCCUUCCUGCAGUCUGCCCAGAGCGUGCUUUCGGUCGUGAUACUGUCGUUUCCGUUCCUGUUCAGCUUGGGAUUAUUUCCACAAAUCAACACGUUCACGAUGUACUUCUUGGAGCAGAUCGACAUGCAUCUGUUCGGCAGCAACGCGUCCUGCAGUUUACUUGCAUCCUUUCUAUCCGUGGUGCGGUCGUUCGUCGCUUGCACGCUGCUGUUCGGGUUGGUGUAUGGCGCACUAUCGGAAACCGGAACGCAACACGUGCUAUUCUCGAUGUACUGUGCGUUUUUGGUGAUGGUAUCCUAUCACCUGUCACGGUGUGCUAGCGAUUACACGUACAUCUGGGCUGUGAUCAAGUCGAGCUUGUUGGCCCACUCCGACUAUGAUGAUUCCUCGAGCAAGGAGGAUUCGAAGAUAUCAUCCGACUCGGGUGAUGAUGCGAAGGACGAAGCACAGCGGCAAUCGACCGGGGAAGGUGCUGGCGGAUCGGCCCGUUCGACUGACGAGAUGAACCGCGAUUACGACGAGGAAGCGGGCCGUGAGGCGAACGCAAAAGAACUCGAUGAUCCACUGCCAAGGAAGCUGCAGGAUACGGUGACAGCUAGACUGAAGAACGAUGCCGUCGUGUGCGUGGUGCUGUCGGUGGCCAUGUUUAGCCUGCACUGUAGCACGGUGUUCACGGUGCUGCAACCGGAGAUCAAUCACGUGCUGCAUUCGGGUGCGUGUAUCCUUGGCUUUCUGAUACACUACAUCGUGCCGCAGCUGCGCAAACACUUGCCAUGGCUUUGCAUUGCCAAACCGAUCCUCAAGCCGGAAGAGUUCGGUCUUUUCGAGGUGCACAAAAUCUCCAACAUCAUGUGGUUCGAGAAGAUGUACGUGGUGCUGUGUUUCUUCGAGCGCAACAUACUUUACCCGUUGAUAUUCGUCAGUGCGCUGACGGCCGAUUGUGGUUUGGUUGUGGAAAAGUUCGGUUUAACGUUUGGGUCGAUCCUGAUCGUAAUGUGCAGCCUGAAAUGUGUCCGCAACGCGUACUCCGACACUGGCAGUCAGUAUGUGAUUCUCAUAUUUACUGUGCUGUUCUUUCGACUGGAUUACAAAAUGUCAAGUGAAACGUUUCUUUUGGAUUAUUUUUUGAUUUCGAUACUGUUCCGAAAGAUUGCGGAAUUUUUGCUAAAGCUACAAUUCGUUGUAACGUACAUAGCACCGUGGCAGAUAACGUGGGGCUCAGCUUUCCAUGCGUUUGCCCAACCAUUCAGCGUUCCACACUCGGCUAUGUUGUUCCUGCAGACGGCAAUCAGUGCUAUACUCUCAACACCACUCAAUCCAUUUCUUGGAAGUGCCAUAUUUCUCACCUCAUACGUACGCCCGAUUAAGUUCUGGGAGCGCGACUAUAACACACGCCGUAUUGAUCAUUCUAAUACUCGAUUGAGCUCGCAGCUAGAACGCGACCUCGGUGCGGAUGACAAUAAUCUGAACAGCAUAUUCUACGAGCACCUGACCCGAUCGUUGCAGCAUUCACUGUGCGGAGAUUUGCUUAUGGGUCGAUGGGGCAACGUGAGCCAAGGAGAUUGCUUCGUGCUUGCCUCAGACUAUUUAAACUGCCUUGUGCACAUCAUCGAGCUCGGCAACGGACUGUGUACGUUUCAAAUGCGUGGGCUCGAAUUCCGUGGCACCUACUGCCAACAGCGUGAAGUCGAAGCAAUCUCGGAGGAAGUGGAAGAAAAUAUAGGAUGCUGCUGCUGCACAAUCGGCCACUUGCCGCGUAUGUUAAGUGCCAAUGCCAUGUUCACGACGCGCUGGUUAGCUUGGCAGGUGAUGGCGUCAAAGUAUGUGCUAGAGGGUUACUCAAUUUCCGAUAACUCGGCCACUGCCACCAUGCAGGUGUUUGAGUUUCGCAAGGUGUUGAUCUCAUAUUACGUUAAGAGCAUCAUCUAUUAUACACUCCGGUCGCCAAAGCUGAUGAGCUGGUUGCAAUCGCAGGCGAUUGAGGAAGCGCUCGAACACACAACAGAUCGUCAGUUUGUGGAUUUGGAUCCGGUUUUCAACAUCAAUCUAGACGACGAUUAUGAUUCCCGAGCGGCUGGCAUUACGCGUCUCAGCUUCUGGUGCGUUUACGGUGAUUGGAUACAAUUUUGCAGUGAUAAAAAGCGCCAACAGCUACAGGCGGCACAGAACGAGCGUACACCGAAAAAAGGUGCGACUGGUGCUGCUUCGUCUGCGGCCACUGGGGUUGGAGCUGCUGGAGGGACCACUACCGUCCCUACUGGGAGUGCAACAUCGGCUAUGAACUGUGCCGUUUCAUCAUCAACGAACGUUAACGGCGGUAAGGCAGACAAUAGUAACAGUCAGGCUGAUAAACCAUCUUCGGGAGACACGGCUGCGUCCGGUUCAACAAUGUUGGAUGGUUGGAUGGAAACGGGUAUGGAAACUGGUGCCAAUAAGGCCGAAUGUGGCGAAUCUAGUGGAACUAAUGGCAACAACGGCGCUGCGGGAAUGCUCUCGAACGGAGCGUCUGGUGAAUCGCAGGCGAAUGGUGUUGGUCCUUCCAACACAACAACGAAUGGUUCAACGAAUAAUUCGACGUUUUUUAAAUCGAAUCGCGAUUCGCUGGUGACGUCGUUGUGUAUGUCGUUAGCACUACUGGCUCGUCGUACGCUGGCUACAGCAAGUCACAGCUCGUCGUGUGGCGUAGAGUUUUUCCUGCAUGGGCUGCAUGCGCUGUUUAAGGGAGAUUUUCGAAUCACAUGUCCCCGCGACGAAUGGGUAUUCGCAGACAUGGAGCUGCUACACGGUGUCGUCGCGCCGGCUGUACGAAUGUCGUUAAAGCUCCACCAGGAUCACUUCCUCUGUCCGGAUGAGUACGACGAUUUCAACACCCUGUACAAUGCCAUCGAUUUCCACACGAAGGAGCUUGUCAUAUCGCACGAAGCAGAUCCGCUCUGGCGUAACGCCGUGCUUCGAGGGACACCGAAUCUGCUUGCCCUGCGGCACGUGAUGGACGAUGGAUCGGAUGAGUAUCGUGUGAUCCGGCUGACCAAGCGCUUUCUGACGUUCAGAGUCAUCAAGCUGAACCGAGAGUGCGUGCGAGGACUGUGGGCUGGACAGCAGCAGGAGCUGAUUUACCUGCGCAAUCGAAACCCCGAGCGAGGCAGUAUACAAAAUGCAAAGCAGGCGUUGCGAAACAUCAUCAAUUCGUCGUGCGAUCAACCGAUCGGUUACCCCAUCUACGUGUCACCAUUGACGACGUCGUAUGCCGAGACAAACGAGCAGCUGUGUCGCAUUAUCGGCGGGGAGAUAACGCUGGAGAAAAUCCAGUUAAUGUUGAUUCGCAGCUGGAAGCGCAUUCGACAGCGCUGCCGGGAAGGUUGUAGCAGCGGUAGUGCCGUCAUUGAUGGUGAAAUGACGGAAAUGCAGGGUGUGUACUGCAACACUCCGACACCGAAUAAUACGCUUUCAGGAACGGCUGGCACUCUCUCGUACGGUAGCCAGAACAUAUCGAUUUCCGGUGCCGCCGCAAACCGGGGCAGUAUGGCCAGCAUCAACAAACCGACCAGCUCGACGUUGCUAGCGAGCUUUCUGAUACGCGAAAGGGACGCCGAACGGGAAGCCAUGGCGAUGGGGACGACAGGCGUCCGUGAACGGAGCACAAUAGCGAAGCGAAAUCUUGGCAGCACGAGCAAGGAUCGCAUCGACUGGGCCGCACUGCAGAUAAACAAGCGUGAUUCAUUCCGGGAGGUGUUGGCCGAAACGAUAGCAGCAGCUGCCGGUGGUAGCGGAAACGACAGCUCAGCUGGGGCGGACGAUGAAAGCCAGAGUACUGCCGGUGGCAGUCCUUGCUCGACGCUGAAGCCUCAGGGAAGCGUCGAGUCGACUUCUGGCCUAGCAAGUGGUUUCGUUCACAAGCCACCCAUUCCAUCGUCCAUGCUCUCUAGUGGUGCGUCAGGUUUUAGCUCGGCAUUCGUUGGUGGCAGUGGGCUGGCCGCGGGAAGUCGCAUUCCUGGGGUGCCCGGUACACUGACGUUCACGUUGCCACCGCUGGACGACGGUCCUAUCCUGUUUGCAAUGGCGGAGGGGUCGUCAGAGGAUCCAAAAUCGAACCUUCACUGGUUCACACACUCGCCUCCGACAAUCGGGCUCAACAAGAAAGUAAUUAUUGUCGAUGCGACGCAGAUAUACGAUUGCCUUGAUCUGGGUCGACGAAUAGAUGUAACAUGGCCUAAUGAACAAUUCCGCUCGAGUGGAGGCCGCUCGUCGUGGAAGGACUGGAGCCCGCAAGAGGGCAUGGUCGGUAAUGUCGUCCACUACUGGCAACCUAACCAUCCAAAUCAUCACUUCCGCUCGAAUGUGAAUCGCACCAUCUUGCUGGUGAAGAUCGGCGAACGGCACGUUCCGAUCGGUGAAAAAGGUAUUAAGGAGUACAACACGAUUGGCUUGCCUGCCGCUGAAGCUGUUCCAGUGGAUGAUUCUGUCGCCGGUAGUGCAGUGCCUGCAAGACAGCAAUCUAUUGACGCCAGUAGCGCAGAGCCAUCCGCUGUCCGCUCAUCCGUGGAAACGUCCAUGACCGACCGAAAUGAAGCGGCGAAUGAAAGUGAACCACAAAUUACAUCAACCACAGGUGAAACUGCUGAGUGCAGCAGUGAUGCACAAACCGCGGAGUUGGAAAGCAUCGAGCAGGAAUCGUCACCUUUGGAAGUGGCACCAGCAAAAACCUAA